AUGCCACCGGACCAGUUUACAUACGGAGGCAUCAACUAUCGGUUCUCUAAAUUCAAUGCUUCUGGGUGCGACAAUAUGCUGGUCCAAGGACAGGAGAUCCGGGUUCCACGAUCAAAAUACUUCAGCUACCAUAUGCUGGCGGCCUCUGAGUCAGGCAUGGCUUCUGCUUCCAUUGAAGCGAGGUAUAGUGAUGGCAGCACGACUUCUGGACCUCUCUUAGUUCCAGCUUGGUGGAGCUGGCCGUAUCCUGCUGGUGCUGACCUCUCGUUCGGACAUUACUUGACAGAAAACACGACAAAUUUCAAUCGGUCGAACAUCUUCCAGACUGUCAAUUGGGUUGACUCCUCGAAGGAGAUUGUGUCUCUUUCGCUCCCUAACUCCUCGACUGGAGCCUCCACAGAACCCGGAGGAGUCUCAGUGAACACGAAUUUACACAUCUUUGCGAUUUCUUUUCUGGCCGUACCCGAAUCGCAAUCCAAUACUCCAAGACUCGCUGUUCAAUAUGCUCGCUCGACUCAAAAGUGGGUCGAUGGAUCUGACAAAGUUCAGAUCAUUGAAGUCCUGGUCAACAACGUUGGAUCUUCAUUCAUUACACCAAGCAAUAGUGUGCGCAUCCAAGUUCAGUCGCCCGGUCUUGACACCAUCAUGGAGGGCACUAUCAAGCGACUCGGCCCUGGAGAUCAAGCCACAAUCGAGAUCGGAGUUCAGAAGAAGAAGGAAGUGUUUGUCAGCAGUGGUCCAGCAACAGUCAUUAUCAGUGGACAUGAUGUGGUUUCGGCGCCAUACUCCUUCAAUGCAACAUAUGGAAUCCGCCCAUUCGAGGCCACCUACGAGUCAAUCUACAGCCAUGAAUCCCCGAACUGGUACAACAAUGCCAAGUUUGGUAUAUUUAUUCAUUGGGGUGUUUACUCCGUGCCAGGCUGGGGAAAUUCUGGAUCUAAAGAAAACUAUGCCGAAUGCUUAUUCCUUCAGGAACUGUUCGAUACAGCCAAGAAAUACCAGCCUCAUCUGCACCGGUCCGUAUAUUACUCACUGCCCGAAUGGUUUCACCCAGACUAUGAGAAAUACGGAUUUGGCCAAUGGCCAGGGGGAAAUGCCACAAAUCCGUUCACGAAUGAGACCUUGCCCUAUACUGGUUAUGUGCCACUGGCAGACUUCAUCGAUGACAAGAUUCUGCCCGAGAUGAACAUCUUAGCGGACAUGGGGACUGAGAUUAUGUGGUGUGACAUCGGUGGCCCUAACAAGACAUUGGAAUUCGCGUCCGCCUGGUUCAAUUCCGCUGCCGAACACAACCGGUCAGUGGUGAUGAACUCUAGAUGCGGACUACCUGGAGAUUUUGAUACUCCAGAAUAUGCCCAAUACAAAGGUGUGCAACGCCGGAAAUGGGAAAGCAGUGCUGGCAUGGAUCCAUAUAGUUAUGGAUUCAAUCGUGCCACCCCUCAGGCUAGCUACAUGAACGCAUCGGCCAUCGUUACUACCCUGGUUGAUAUCGUGUCGAAGAAUGGGAACUUUCUUCUCGACAUUGGACCUAUGGCAAAUGGGACCAUUCUAGACAUUGAACAGCAACAUCUGCGGGAGGCUGGCAAAUGGAUCAAGAGCCACGCAGAAGCCAUCUAUGAUACGUCUUAUUGGUUUGUAGCCCCCGAAGAAGGAGAGCAUAUCCGAUUCACCACUUCACCCGAUGCUUUCUAUAUCCAUUGUUUGACCAGACCGAAUGCCACACUCACCUUGUCCAGUCCAAUCCCCUGGAUGGAAGGUGACAACAUGUCCGUUGUUGGCGGCCACCAACAUGGGGUUGAAAUUCCUUCGAUGAAGACCGAGGAUGGGAGUGUAGUGCUGUCUGUGAGCAGGGAAAUUGCAAUGGCGGAUCAAUAUGUAUGGGUUUUUAAGAUUAGUUACUGA